AUGAAGUGGUCGACAACCGUCUCUCUGGCCGUCGCGCCUCUCGCCGCCAUGGCCGCCAACAACAAGAUGCGCAGAACCUACCCCGUCAGCGUCAACCCACGGGCCGAAGCCGCAAGCCAGCUCGACGGCCGUUCCAUUGCCAUCAUCAACGGUAUGAAGGGCCACGGCCUCAGCGCCGGCGCGCUGGACCAGGUUGUCAUCAUCUGGGUCAACCCUGGCAACAAUGCGCCGACCACUAGCAUCAACAAGCCCGCCCACCCCGGAGCCGGUCAGGGCGAGGCCACCCCCGCACCCGGUCAGGGCGAGGCCCCGCCCGCCGAGAUUGCCACGACGACGGCCCCCAGCGAGAGCGAGACUACUACCGCCCCUGCCGCCGGCGCCAGCCAUACCGUCAAGGUUGGCGGCCCGAGCGGCCUCGUCUUCGAGCCUGACCAGCUCAACAUCCCCGUUGGCGACUCCGUCGUCUUUGAGUUCCUCUCCCAGAACCACACCGUGACCCAGUCCCCGUUCGAUACGCCCUGCAAAGCCCUGGAGGGCGGCAUGGACUCUGGCUUCCUGGCCAACCCCAACAACACCGUCAACCCUCCUCCCCAGGUCGCCAUGCAGGUUAUGGCCACUACCCCUCUCUGGUUCUACUGCAGGCAAGCGGGCCACUGCGGCAAGGGCAUGGUCUUCUCCAUCAACCCCACCGCGAAUAAGACGCAGGCCCUUUUCCAGUCCAUGGCCAUUGCGCAAAACGGCACUGGCGAGGCCACGCCCAUUACCGGCGGCACUGGCAAUCCUGGCGCUGCUCUCCCACCCCCCCCUCCCGCCAAUGCCGAGGAGCCCCAGGAGUCCACCACCUCUGAGCCGGCCCUGGAAGAGCCCACUAGCGCUGCACCGGUCGAAGAGCCUGGCGCCACUGAAACGCCGUCGUCCCCUGCCGUUGGUGGUGAAGGUGAGGGCGGCGCUGGCGCUACCACUGGCACGGGAACUGUUGGUCCUGACGGUAGCUGCACCUGUGUCGUUGCUUGCAACGCCGACGGCUUCCCUGCCGCCGCCCAAGGUUCUGGUGCCUUUGGCGGAUUUGCUGGUACUCUGCCCACCAAGAUGGCUGCCAUGCGAUAA